AUGCCCCGCCACCCCGAGGACAAGAACGAGAUGGGCAUAGGGAUCUGGUACGCCUUGCUCGCUGGGGUCUCCGGUGCUCUCGGGAACGCCGUUGAGAGCAUCAGCAUCAUCACUCUGCUGCAUCCCUUCUUCACCCUCAAGGCAGUGCACCAUCUCGAGUUGGCGUGGCAGAGAUGGAAGUACGUCGGCACGUGGGCGCCGACGCUCGCCAUGGCCAUCAUGAACGUCGUCCUGGGCUCCGCGUACGCGCUGGCCUUCCUCGACGUGCCCGCCUACCCCGCGCCGUCCGCGGACUCCCACAAGGAAGCCGCCGCCUGGGGCUACAUCCUCGCGAGCAACCUCGUCCCGCUCGUCUACCUCUCGACGCUGCGGGUCGUCCAUGUGUUCCCGCCAGCACACGUCAACCUCUUCGUCUUCCCCGUCCUGCACACCGCCUUCUGGUCGCUGUGCGGCUUCUUUCCGAAGUACGCCUGGGCGAACCCCGCGUACGCGCUCCUCGACUACGCGCCGCUGGCCCAGCUCGCCUCCGUCGCGUCCACGGCGGGUAUCAACUUCCUGACCGGCCUGCUGUCGGGCGCGCUCUUCCUGCUCACGCUGCGGCCCACGGGGGCCGUCUCGCUCGCCGCCGCCGCCGCGAGCGUGCACCCGAGCGCGCGCGUCCACCGCGUCCCGCCGGCCGCCCUCGCCGUCGUCGCCGGCGCCCUCGCGGUCGGCGGCGCCCUGCUCAACGCCGGCCACUUCUUCCAGCGCCCCGUGCGCGACGUCGGGCAGCGGUACGCGCGCGUGGGCUGCGCGACGGGCAUCGACGUGGAGUUCAGGUCCAAGGCGUACGACGCGCUCAUGGCCGACACACACCGCCUGCUGCACGACAGCGACGCGGGGCUCGUGCUCUGGAGCGAGACCGCCGUCAAGCUCACCGACGGCGCGCAGGAGGACAGGCUGCUGGCCGACGCCGCGGACCUGCUGUCCAGGAGCGGCGUGCGCGCCGCGGGGAAGCACAGGGACGCGGACAAGUACCUGGGCGUGACGUACUCGGCCGACUUUGGCGCGAAGGGGGCGUACCGCAACAUGUUCGUGCUGCUGUCGGACGCGGGCGAGGUCUGGCGGUACAACAAGGCGCACCCGGUCCCGCUCAUCGAGGACGACUACGCGCCGGGGCCGCCCGUCAUCCCCACCGCCGACACCCCCCUCGGCAGGCUCGGCGGCGUGAUCUGCUUCGACGUGGACUUCGCCUCGUACAUCUGGCAGGCGGGCCGCGCGGGCGUCGCGAUGCUGCUGCAGCCGUCGCAGACGUGGGGCUCCGUCGGCGCGCGCCACUUCGCGGCCAACGGCCUGCGUGCGGUGGAGAACGGGCUGACGCUGGUGCGGUGCUCGAGCGACGGCGUGAGCGGGGUCGUCGACCGCCACUACCGGUACACGUCGUGGCGGGAGGCGACGCGCGGCGACGCGAUGGUGUUCGAGGUGCCGCUGGCGCCGCACGCGCGCACGGUGUGGACGUGGUGGGGCGGGUGGCUGCUGCCGUGGGCGAACGUGGGGGCCGCGGCGGUGCUGUGGGUGGUCGUGCUGUUGGGCGGGAGGGGCGUGGCGCGGUGGCGGUGCGCGGGCCUUUGGGAGGUGGUGCUGUGGCCCGCGCACCGCGACAUGGGGCGGCGUCUGACGGGGGCGCGCGACAGCGUCGUCAGCACGGCGCGACCCAGCGAAGUCGCGGAGCAGGGCGCGGGCGCGCCGCUCCUGGCGGACGAGCACGGGUCCGAGCUGUGA